CAACAGUGAAGAAUGCACGGGCGGCCUUUGUAAUAAUAUGAAACCUGCUUCUACAACUAGAAAAGAAGGUUCCACUGCAGUUCGUUUGUAUCGUCAGCGACAUCUUAGCAUCGACAACACCUUCUACAUCCAAGACGAGUACAUUGUAAGUAACUGCUUGUAUCAACAACCACCAGUUGAACUGGAUCCUGUUCUUGUUCACAGCUAUAGUCCUGAAGAAGAAGAUCCUAGUGCCGUAAGAAGAACUUCUCCUGUUGUAGCGAGUUCUAAAAGUAGAACUAGAGCUAGAUCGAAGUCUUCUGCAGAGGAUUCAUCGUCUUCAGAUCCCUCUAAAGAUUCUGAUAAUAACAGUCUUACUCGUGGUAGAGGUCAACAUCGUAGUUCCCGUUCCUCCUGUUCCACCAAUUUGAACACCUAUACUUGCGGCACUUGUCCUCACUUCUCUCCCAACACCAUGGUCUACUUCAUUUGUCAAGGGUGUCAGGAGACACUGAAAAAACCCGCCGUCCGCAAGCACCUGAGCACCAGAUGUUGGGGAGCCGCGAUGACCUGCGUCGAUUGCUCGGUCUGCUUCGCCGGAGACACCUGGGAGUGCCAUACGGUUUGCAUCUCUGAAGAGAAGAAAUUCCAUGGCUGCCUGUACCAGGAGAAGAUGGACAAAGCUCCUAAGGGGCAAUUGAAACAGGAAUCUUGGACAAAAAACUUGGAGAAGGCUUUGGAAUUGUCCAAAGGAUCCAGGGUCGAAAAGUGGAUGGAGAAAAUCGUCGCGUUUGACAAUGUACCGAGAAAAAAAGCGGGCUUCGCCAAUUUCGUCAAAAACUCUUGUCGAGUGUCCGACGAAAAGGCGAUUGCAAUGAUGUGGGGAUUCGUAGAACAAAGUAAUCCUUCGAAUGCUAAUCAAGCUGGUGGAAACAAGGAUGGUGCAGUAGCUAAUGGUGCAAACGGAGGAUCAACAGCCGCAAAAUCUGCACGUCCACGAGGUCGCUGGUUGGGAUGGGAGAAGGAAAUUGACGCCACUUUAGGCGACAAUGGAGAUGCCAUGGAAUGGGCUGAAUUAGCCGAAACACUCGCAGAAAGAUAUGAGCAACAGGCAAAAGCAGGAGUAGUGAAAAAGCGAAAGCGAGACGUGUUGGCCGAUUUGGUUCUGAGCAAUGUGCCAGAGAAGUAUCUGAGUAAGGACUGUAGCAAGGUAAGGAAGGUUGCUUAGAUCUUCGUUUGUGGGGGAUUGCACUUCUCUGGGUGUGAAACAACGAACAUGAAUGUAUGAGAAAUAAAUGAUGACAUCAUGAAAGCUUCGUGUCAGACUGGAAAACACCAACUACUUACGCCAGGAUUUUUUUACCCCGACCUCUGCAUUCAAACUAACUGGUUCAAAAUGCCUGAAAACUUCGCGAUGAUAUUUCUUUCGCUGGAACCGCGACUGCGCAAUCUACUUUUCGUCAAGGCUGGAAGUCAGUAAUGCUUUGACCUAUAUUGAGCCUGGGGCCGUGCUUCGUUCAUACACGCUGAUGUGAAAGCGCCGAAGAAGGAGAUACUCGACCAGGGAUUUAACCAGGAGACGUCAG